AUGGCGCCCCAGAUCCGCGUUCUUCCCUUACUCGUUGUCCUCUUCUCUCUAGUUACUCAGCCACACUUUGCAGCUGGGCUGGAUGACUACUUUAUAGUGGGCAACCUUAGCCAGUAUACCACAGAAGGGGUCCCUACGCCCACUCUAACGGGGUCUACAAUUGAAGUUACAGCUGAUGGUGACCCAGUAGAAAACGGGCUGUUGGUAUAUCUGUCUCCGGACAUGGAGACCAGUCUGAAAUCUACCAUGGAUAGCAACUGCGCGACAGAAGUUGAUACGCAUUGCUACCAAGCUGUUACGGACCUCCUUGAAGGCGCCAACCACGUUCUCCAACCCCGCAGCCUGGAGCAAGGCGCGUUAGAGGUGCGCAACCCGGCGGCAUUGAUAUAUUAUGCCGGCGGGAUCUUGAUUUCCGCUUUAUUAUUCCCGCUUCUCUACGAGGGAGACCGUGUUGUCCCGGUGCCCAUCAAGAUUCCCCCAAACCAUGUCGAGGACUCUUUAGAACUCGAAACGGCUACUGCCAUCAUAGUCGUAACUGAUGAUGCCACGCCCCAGAUGACCAUCACGGCACCUCCUGAGCAGGAUAAAGCGACUGGCACUCCAGUCGUGAUUACGACCUUUGCAAGUGCCGGGAAUGGCGCGAUGGCCGGAGACGUGGGUAUCGAACUAGACCCGGCAGUGGCGGCACACCUCCAGGCGUUGCUAUCCGGGUCGGACACGAGCAGCUGCGACGUGGGUGAGGAUACCACUGACUCGAUUCGUGCUCGCCAGGUAGGUGUAGACCUUAUAUGUGGCGCUCAGAUCAUUAUUGCCGACUCAAUUGGCCGGCUAGGGGCCCCUGACUGGCUCCUAGUGCACGGGGGGACAAUGGCGUGGGUCGAGGCAGAGAUGGUAGCAGCGGUGAACACAGUAGUGCGGUGGACGCUCAACCAGGCCAGCUUGCUGAACCCGACUAUUACCGGAGCCCUCCUUGUAGUUGCGGCGUCCCGGGCAGUUGCUCUCUCCUGGGCCUUCCUCAAUAAUGGGGCCAUCACGACAAACAACGUAAUCCCUUCGGCAUCGCUACAAAAUGGUCCCAGCGCCACCGCAUGCGCACAGCAGACGGCGGUACAAUGUGGUGCGGAGUGUGGCGUUUUCAAGUGGGCCCCUCAAUUCGACUGCACUACGGCCUGCACGACUGUCACAAGCUGUUAUGCUCAGCCAGCACUCACUACAACCCUUACGACUACCAAGACAGCAUCAGGUCCCUCGCCCACCGGGGGUUCUAGCGGCGGCAAAGGGCAGCAGAUCGCGGUGGCGUCGUACAUCAAUCCGCUCGCAGACCCGGCGGCCUGGGAUCGCCUGAUCGAGUAUCCUGUGGAGAAGAUGCCCAUCUUAGUUGCCAAUGUCGUCAAUGGUCCGGAUUCUGCCGUCGACAAGACCUGGGAAGAUGUUAUUGAGCGCGCUUCGGAUUCUGGUAAAACUGUCCUUGGCUACGUGCGAACCGGCUACCUUGGCGUGAGCGAUCAAAAAUUCCUCACGCGCCUAGGCUCAGGAGACUUGGCAGAUUGGACCGCGCAGAUCGAGGAAGAUAUCGAUAUGUGGUACACACUUUAUGGUAGCAGCAUUGGCGGUAUUUUUUUUGACGAAGGUUGGCCUGAAUGUGGUGACAACAAUAAAUUCGUUGAUCUAUACAAGUAUAUUAACGACUAUACAAAACGGGCCCACCCCGGCGCAUAUACAAUUCUUAAUCCUGGGUCGCCCAUGGCGUCUUGCUUCGAGGAUACCAUGGAUACCCUGCUGACUUUCGAGUUGUCUUACGAGGCGUACACAAAUUCUUACACCCCUAACGAUUGGACGCCGAAGGACCCGCGGAAACUGUGGCACAUCGUAUACAACGUUCCGGAAUCCGCAGUUAGUGAGGUAACUAAUUUAGCUAAGGAGCGUGGAGCUGGCUUUCUUCAGCUCACAGAUGACACUUUGCCGAACCCAUAUGAUACUCUACCCGGCGAUUCCUACAUCCAGGGCAUGAUGGAUGCAAUCCAGGGUGGCUCUCCAUUGAACACUGAUGCGUCAUCCUGGCCAUCAGGAAGCGCUGCAGCAGAAGUUUCUGGACUCUCAGUCUUGGCUUCAGACUAUACUUCUGCUAAAUUAUCCUGGGGUUCAGCCUUGAAUGCUCUUGGAUAUUAUGUGUUUUCAGGCGACAGCCUUAUUGCAAGCGUUCCUAGCUCAAUGACCACGAUCACCAUUGGCGGUCUUCAAUCAGGAGCUAGCCACGCGUUUCACGUAAGUGCAGUUGGGGGAGGUGGCGAUAUAGGGUCCCCUUCCAGCACGGUUACGGUCAACACCAAAUCUUUGCCAAACGGGAAAACCAUCACCAACUACCAAUCCUCUCCAGGGGCAGACUCGACCACUAUCACGGCCGAUAUUCUUGUUCCUUACGCGUUCAUCCGUCUCUAUAUCUGGGAUUCGGUGGGGUGUGAGUUCGACACCGAUCCAGGAUGGAGUGUCAACUUCAAGAUCGACGAGUACGUCUGCACUCACUACAUGGUCGAGGGCACCACGCUAUACAAGUACAGUGGUACACUUCCUGAAGGCUCUACAGCCCCACCGUGGGCGUGGUCGGUGGUGGGGGCCAUCACUCUGGAUACUAAGGACUACACCUACACAUGGACAUUACCCCUAGGAACCUCUACCAUCGACACAAGCAAAUUCGUCAUCCAAGCACAAGGCUACAACCCCUUGACCAACGUCUUCGAACCUGACCCCAGUGAUUAUAACUGCAAGGGCUCAUCCAUGUGCACGACCCCAAACUUUCUGAAGUGGUGCGACCACGCUGUCAACAGCCUACAGCGAAACGACGUCCCUUCCUACUUUCCUACUUCUGCUAACGAAACCGGCAUUAACCAAUCUGGCAACUGCUGGGGCGAUCAGACGCGGGGCUGCGGCGUCUUUAUCCAGGGUGAUGCUAGCUGCAGUAUCAGUGGUAAUGACCUAUGGAACGAUUACCAGAACAUCCGCAACAUUGGCGGCUGUUCUAAGUGUGGCUCGUUCUACAGGGAAGACGGCUGUCAGAUUACUAUCGACUAUGUCUACGAAUGUGACAACCACUAG